CUAUAUUCGAUGUUAUUAUGCCGAGGAGAGAUUUACACAGCUCGGAGGUGAUAGUCUCUCUUAAGAGAAACAUGUUGGAGUUGGGCAAAGGCACGAUAGGACGCGCGAGCACCAUCAGCGAGUCAGUCGAGGCGGGCCUACGUUUCAUCGGAAUGUGGCCGCAUUGCGUAUACGCGAAUAUCAAUUGGUGGACUUACAUCGUGUCGGUGGCAAUAGUGCAAUACUUUCAAUAUUCGUAUAUCCUGGCGCACUUCGACAUCAGGGAUCUCUCGGUUUUCGUAGACGGCUUAAGUAUCACAUUGGGCUACAGCCUGUCGUUCCUCAAGCUGAUCAAUCUCUGGUUCAAUCGUCGAAAGUUGUACGUCAUUCUGGAUACGAUGGACAAAGAUUGGAGCGACGGGAUUGCUGUCCAUUCGGACGCAUCCACGAUGGUCAGACACGCCAACUUGUCUCGUCAAUGUUCUAACGUGAUGAUCACGACGAAUGCAUUAGCCGUGUUCUUUUACGUGAUCGGCGGCCCAAUACUCCGAUCGAUAAUACAAAGGAACGAUCGCGAGGGCUCAGCUCGCGAGCUGCCCAUCAAGAUGGAAUUUCCUUUUAGGGUCGACAAUUCCCCGAUUUUUGAGCUGGUAUUGAUAGCCCAAUUUUUUCAUGAUUUAUCGGUAGCUUGUAUCAUCGCUAUGCUGAACGCUUUGCUCGUUACGCUGGUACUUCAUGUAAGUGGUCAGAUUGAUAUUAUGCGGCAAGGCUUCAUGGAAAUAUCCUCUAAGAAGAGUACAUCAAAAUCUUCUCUGGCUGUUAUUAAAGAUUUAAUUAACAGACAUCAGAGAAUCAUCGAUUUAUCAGACCACAUUGAGGAUCUUUUCUCAAACAUUGCACUGAUGCAGUUCAUCUGGAAUACUUUGGUCAUCUGUUGUAUAGGUUUUGUAAUCGUAAUAUCUAUCGGCACGGAAGAAGGUGCUACAAUGAUAACUAAAUCCCUCAUCUUUUAUGUCGCGAUAACUCUCGAGGCGUUCGUCUUUUGCUACGCCGGAGAAUACCUCAGCGCUAAGAGUAAAUCCAUCAGCGAUGCUGCGUACGAGUGUAUCUGGUACGAUCUGACACCCAGCGAGUGUCGGGUCCUGAUGUUCCUCAUGCUGAGAUCGCAGAAACGUUUAACCAUCACUGCGGGCAAGAUAACUGAUCUGUCCUUGGAAGGUUUCACGACCGUGAGUUUGCUCGAACCAUCCGGAAUUUUUGUCGCUCAAAUUGCGGCUGAAAUACAAAUUUUAAUAUAUGCUUAAUUGCUCCAGAUUA